CUUCGGAUGUCCGCUGAAAUCACAUUCCCACGAUCAUGCCACUGACGCGGCCUGAGUACUGCAAACGCGUACUGAGGCCAUCUCUCACCAGCAUGUCUUCAUCCGCAUCCUCAUCAAAACCCGCAGACAAACAAACAGAGAAGUCCAAGGAGGAGGACAGUCAGCCUCACCUGGGGGUCCUUGAAGAAGAUGACGAGUUCGAAGAGUUCGAAGUCGCAGACUGGGAUGAUUCUAGUACGGAUCUGGCGCACUUGAAGGGCGCUGCACCUGGGGUCGCAAAAUCAGCGGGGGAUAAACUUUGGGAGGAUAAUUGGGAUGAUGACGACAUCGAGGAUGAGUUCAGCGUGCAGCUACGGAAUGAGCUUUCUAAGGCGGGGAAAGCAACUGGAGACCCUAUGCAGCAAUAAUGACAUCGUAUCUGCGGUUUUUGCCAAGUGACCCGUCCAGUUACUGUAAAAUAUCCAAUACAUCUGAGCCCUUCAGAAGCUUCAUUAUCCGCACUAUUAAAAUUUCAGUGUGUACUAGGUUGCUCACCGGAACUCUGACUGCGAUUAGCCGCAUUUUCAUUGAA